CUCUGCUCCACCACUGCCUUCCCACGUUUCCCCAACCAAACUCUCGCCAUUUACACCCACAAUCCCCGCCCACCACUCGCCCUUGCUUGCCGCUUCAGCUGUCCUUCCUUCUGCUGUUCCUUGGCCUUGCUUGCGGCGAGUUCAGCUGGUGGUUGUGCUCGCUGACUGGCUGCAGCUCUGCUGCGUUGGCUGGCGGUUUUGGUUUUGGUUCCUGGAGAGCGUGCGCGUGUGCCUUUUCUUACUUUCCACGUCCCUCCACGCAAGACCGUCUUUCCCUCCUCCCCGCCACCUGCCGUCUCUUUGUGGUGGUGUUGUAUUCUGCCGGCUCCACCCACUUCAGCACCACCCUUGCUGCUCGCUCUGCUUGUUCGCAGUGGUGUUCACGCCCCUGCCCCAGUGUGUGUGUGUGUGUGUGUGUGUGUGCUUGCGUGUGUCUCAAGUGUGUGGCUGUGUAUCUAUCCCCAUUCCAGCCAUUCCAGCGCAGCCAUCCUUUGCCCUUUCCUUGCACGCCAUUGGACAAAUCCUUCUGAGUGCAUGGGUUACUAGCACCACCUGCCUGCGACGAGCUUCUUGGACUGCCUGCAUUUCUCCCGACGCCCACCUCCCAUUUCCUUCCAUUCUUUCUUCACAAGAGCAGGCCUUCUGCCUAACGAUUUGAACUUGUCGUUGCACGGACAAGCUCCAGCGCAAAGGGGUUUCGUACUCCAGCUUCUCAAGUCUCCCUCAAAGUCGCGGUCGAUCACCGCCCGCCACCUCCCCCCAACUCUUGUCGCGUGAUUCGUCACCGCAACCAUCCUCCAUCCUCACGUGUCCAGCCAGCAUGGAUGACGCCAACGACAACAUCAGAGGCGAGCUGCUGCGGUUCCUCACCCACGGAGACGUUAACUUGGCGCGGCUCGUUCCACGCCUUCUCGACCACCUUGAAGCUCGCCCACGUAACCACUGGCGUCAGCACGAACGGGCGCACGAGCGCCGCUUGCACCCGCACGCCCGCCCUCGCCCCGUCUCCCCGCCACAGUCGCCACCGCCGCGCCGCCGGCAGCACCUUGACCCGCGCGCUGCAGCACCGCUUCCUGUGGACGGCGAAAACGACCACAACGCCGAUGAGCCCAAUCUCCAGCUGCCACCAGAGCAGCAGCAGCGUGAGGAUGGCGGGCUUCGCGUCGGCGGCCUGGUAAUGCCCGCCCCAGACGACCGCCAGCGACAAGACAGCAGCAGCAGCAGCGGCGGCAGUAGCAGCGGUGGCAGCGAUGACGACGAUUCCGUUCGCCGGGACAGCAACAGCAGCCAGGAUGGUUCAAGCCCAAAAGGUGCCAAUGAGCGCCGCAGAUCAAGCUCCUCCGAUGAGCGGAUCGAAGAGGUUGCCGCACACGGCAACGGCCCGGCGCAGCAAGGUCUCCACCACCAGCAUGAGCACGCCGAUGAUGGUGCCCUGGACCUUCAAGCGCAGCCAGAUCACCGCGAAGGCAACCCUGGCCCCGCUUGUGUCAUUUGCAAGCGCCCAGACGCUCGCGGGCCCGAACGAGUAUGCCGUUUGUGUCACGUUGCCGUGUACCGGCGUGUGCAGACGUGGUUCCUUCAGGAGAGACAACGCCAAUACAUGCACGUUGACGAGCUGCGUAUCUCCUUCAUUCAACACAUGACACGCAGCGCCGAGCGAUGCAUCUCUGGUGGCAUGUGUGAUGUCGACAGCCUCCAUUUCAGCAGAAAUAAUGAUCGCUGUUCUCGCUGCAUUGCCAUGUGGGACGCCCAAAUCAACCACAACCAUCUCCAUUUCUGCAUCCUUCUUGUGCUACGCCACGCAGCGGAAGCGUGAAUGUGAUCCAAGAGUCCUCCACGCAAUGCUUUUCAUGUUGCUGAACUCCCGCCAUUUUCCAGAUUCCCUUGAUUCAUUCCCUCACACGCUAUCAUUAGCUCAUGCAUUCAUCCAUUCUCGCCUUCAUCCAUUCCCUCAUUCGUCCAUUUCAUGCACGCGCGUUGAAAUCAUUCAUUCAUUCAUCCGCCUCGUCUUCCAUGACGACUAUCUAUCCUGUUGCUCAUGACAAGUUCACGCAUGCGUUCCCCUUUGUACGGAGGCCUUUGCUCCUGGUCUCGUGCGUUACACGGCUUCCUCCGCAUCCUCUUUGUUUUGCUUUCUUCUCGCUUCACUGUGAGUUGUCUCUUUCAGCGCCCAUGCGCCCCUUUGUGCUUGUGUGUGUGUGUGUGUGUGU